UUUUAUAGUGUGUAGUGAAUUUCUCUAUUGUAAACCAAAACGCGCGUUUCAUAUUAGACUAUAAAAUGAGACGCAAAUCCAAACCCUAAUUUCUACCCUACUUCACCGCCGCUCGCUUCUUCACACUCUGGUGUGCUCUUUCGGUGUAGCUUAAGAGGUUCGCGAUAGUAAUUGAGAAAAAUGAGUCGAGGAGGUGCAGCUAGUGCCAAGGGAAAGAAGAAAGGGGCGACAUUCACCAUCGAUUGCGCGAAGCCUGUGGAGGACAAGAUCAUGGACAUUGCGUCUCUCGAGAAGUUUCUUCAAGAGAGGAUUAAGGUCGGUGGCAAGGCCGGCGCUCUCGGCGACACCGUCACCGUCGCACGUGAGAAGACCAAAAUCAUCGUUACUUCCGAUAGCAACUUCUCCAAACGGUACCUCAAGUACUUGACUAAGAAGUACUUGAAGAAGCACAAUGUUCGGGAUUGGCUCAGAGUGAUUGCUUCUAACAAAGAUAGAAGUGUUUAUGAACUGAGGUACUUCAACAUUGCUGAGAAUGAAGGAGAGGAAGAAGAUUAAUCUUGUUAUCGGUUUUAUUCAUUUAAGAACCUUGUUUACCAAUUUUCUCAGUGUUAGCUUCUCUUUUAGCUUGUGCUAUGUUGCUUCGUUUACAUUAGUUGCGAUUAAACAGUUUUGUUUUUUCAAGAGUUUGAAUUCAGAACAGAGUUCACAUAUUAUAUUUUCAACUUUUGCCUUUGAUACGGUUCCAUUGCGUUAUUAAACAAAUUGUUAGAUCACCUUA